AUGGGAGCCUCGUUGGCCUCACCGCUGCCGCAUCGCCCACCCACAUCAGUCUGUAAUCACUUGUUUUCUCCGACCGAUGCUCCCCUUUUCCCAUCGAAUGGGAAACGGCAAUCCGUUUUGGCUCAGGGAUGGCAUUGGGGUAAAAAAGCGAUCAGUCCCACGGAAAGGAAACACGAGCAUGAAAAUCAUCACACAUCCCGCUCGUAUGAUGGACCGACGUGGCGUGCGCAGCGAGAGCUACCAUACACCCAGCUGCCCAUAACCGUUGACAACAAUCAAAACUAUCGAAACUAUGAGCCCGAGACUACCGUAAUCCCAAAUUAUUAUAGCAUUCGCGACGAGCUACAACGGGAAAGUUUACGAUUUAGUAAGCAGGAUUUCGUCAACAACAAUCUCGUUUCUCCACUCAAAGAUAAAGCGAAAACUCCCGUCAGUCCAAAGCACACUCGCCAUUUCACCCACGUUUUGAGCAAAUCGGACUCAAUGUGCUCGAGUCAAUCAUCACAGGGAAUUGUGCAACGAGUGGAGUUGAAGAGUCAAUCAUGCUAUCGAUUAUCACAAUUAUCAAGCAAUGAACCAUCAAUCUCUGCGAAAACUCAUCAUAAACCAUUGGAAACCGAGUUCCGAAGAACCACAAAUCCGGCAGUGCAUCAAAGCAAUAAUGAUACAAAUCGAUCAAGUGCAAGAAGAACAGUGGUGCAAGCUUCGACCUCAGAACUUCUUCGAGCUCUAGGCACUUUUGUGUUAGAGCGGUGUCCGGUCAACAAUUUUGAGCCAGCACACGUGGUGAUGUGGCUACGAACAGUGGAUAGAGCUCUUCUUCUACAGGGCUGGCAAGACGUGGCUUUUAUCAAUCCAGCGAAUCUUGUUUUUGUCUAUUUAUUAGUGAGAGAUGUGUUACCCGGAGAUGAUGUAGUCAAGACAUUGGAAGAAUUGCAUCAAUGGCUGCUCACUUGUCUCUACAUUGGUUACUCGUACAUGGGUAAUGAGAUCUCAUAUCCAUUGAAGCCUUUCAUCAUCGAAUCGGAUCGUGAGCGUUUUUGGGAGCGAACUGUUGAGAUCAUCAAAGCCAAAUCGGCGGACAUGCUACGACUAAACGCUUCGUCCGCUUUUUUCACUGAGAUCUUUACCGAACUCAAGCGAUACGCUGACACUCUA